ACAACUACUCGUCAACCCAGAUCGUUUGCGAGCUUGUUCGGUCGCAGCUGUCGUUCCAUACUUCCCAACCGUUUAUCCCCGUCUCCCACCUUUCUUUCCCAUUUUAGAACCAGUUAAAAUCUCUCUCUUCUCAAUUCCCUCUCAUUCCCUCCUACUCCUCAUUCCUUUACUCCGUUACUUACAUUGCUAUGGAUAAACGACGCAGAAAGCAGCCCAAGAUCUCCACUACCCACGACUCUGAAGAAGUCAGUAGCAUUGAGUGGGAAUUCAUUAACAUGACGGAACAAGAAGAAGAUCUCAUUUAUAGGAUGUAUAGGCUCGUAGGCGACAAGUGGGCACUCAUAGCGGGCCGGAUUCCAGGCCGGAAGCCCGAGGAGAUAGAGAGGUUUUGGAUAAUGAGACAUGGAGAAGGGUUCGCCGGGAAGAAAGAAGGUCGUGAUAGCUGAAGGAACUGCCUUUGGCCGUUGUUUUUUUUUUUUUUCUUGUCAUUUCUGUUGUUGUAAGAUUUUUGUUCGUUUUUAGAAAAUUAUCAGUUGCAUUUUUCUUUCCUUUAUUCUGGUUGACAUGUAAAUCUUAUUAUCUGUUUCCGACGACCACAACCAUAAAAGUGUUCCUAAGAUAA